GCCUACAAGUGUAAUGAGCCUGCACUUCCUUCGGCUUUCGUCCAGUUGGUGUACGGAUGAGCUGAACCACGCCAAGCUAGCUGCGGACGUUAGGAAUUUAGCUACAAAACGAAUAAUAUCAUCUGCAUGACGCAAUGACGAGUCCCGACAUAAGGAUUCACCAGCUAGUUAUUCUGCUAGUUAUAUUUUUACUCGGUGGACAAUGCGAGUCCACACUGACGGUCCAACAGACGCAACUGAAGCUUCUCUACUACACCGCCUCAGACGGCGGCAGCCAUCACCUGACCAGCACCAAGAUCGCCGCAGCUCUCGUCAGGAACAGACAUGACGUCACCUUCCUCCUUAGCGACAGCUGCACAAAAUGGCGGAACGCCAGCGGGGCUGACAUGUUUAGGUUCGCCGUGCAUCGUUCGCUGUACACGGCGGAGGAGCGAGAACGGAACUUACGAGGAAUGUCUCGACAUGCUCUGCGUGGGGAGCUGAGGGGCGCGGUGAACGCGAUGAAAUUCCUCCUGAGGCUAAGGUACUCCGCGGAAUAUCAGGGUCAUCGCGAGUUGUUCAACUUUCUAUGGAGCGAGUGCGAUAGCCUGCUGGGGGACAACGCGACAAUCCACUCGCUGAGGGAGGAGAGCUUUGACCUGCUGAUCGGGGACGAUUUGUCUGAUUGCCAGCCGCUGCUAGCUGAAAUGUUGGGAAUCAAAUUUGUCCUGGUCAGCGGAACAGGCAUCACCCCUUCCAAGGCAAGCUGGCAUGGCAUUCCAAACCACCCAGCCUACAUUCCCGAGCGCCAGGCCGGUCUAACCGACACGAUGAGCCUGCCACAGCGCAUCCUAAACACCUGUCGCUACGUCGUCAUCGGUCUGGCAAGGCGAGUCGCGCUUUGGCGGUUUGAGGAUCUGCAGAGGAAGUACAACCUGAGCCCGGAGAAGCGGAUGGCGGAGAUGCUGGCCCAGGCUCAGCUCUUGCUGUUCUACGGGGACUUUGGGCUGGAGUUCGCCCGACCCUUGCAGCCCAACACUGUGAUGCUUGCCUCACCCAUGCUGGGUCUUCCCUCCAACGAAAAGAUUUCAGUGGAACAGCACACAUUUCUGGACGACGCCAACGAAGGCGUCGUUCUGUUCACGCUGGGUAGUCACGUGAAGGAGGUGGAAUCUGCGCAGGCUCAGAUGUUCGCCAACGGAUUGGCCAAGCUGAAGCAGCGCGUCAUCUGGCAUUUCCCUGGCAGCGUUACGCAUUUGCAUAUCGGGAACAACACGAAGGUUGUACAAUGGAUGCCACAGCAGGAGAUAAUGGCUCAUAGGAACACCAAGGCGCUGUUGAGCCACGGCGGGCUGAACGGCAUGUAUGAGGCGGCUUGGUACGGCCUCCCCAUGGUCGGUAUACCCCUCUUCGGUGACCACUUCGACAACAUGGAGCAAGCAGUCGCUAAGGGGAUGGCUCUGCAGUUGGACAUAGCCACGUUGACAGAGGACGCCCUCUACGACACGGUCACCCGCGUCAUUGAAGAUCCAAGAUAUCGCGAGAGGGCGCAACACAUCUCACGUCUGCUCCGCGACGAUCCAGUCAUCCCGUCCGAGAAGGCAGCCCACUGGAUCGCCCACGUGGGCAAGUACGGCGGGGAGCACUUGCGCCCUCGUGCGGCCGACCUCAGCUGGAUCCAGUACCAUCUGCUGGACGUGUACGUCUCCCUGGCCGCCAUUUUGUUCGGCGUGCUUGGUGUGUUGCUACUAGGCUGCAAGGGUAUUCUAUGGCUGGCGUGCCACAACCGUAGGCAACAGAAGACAAAAAUUAACUAGAGGAAUUAAUGCAUCUAGAACGAUUCACAGCUACUAAAUUGACGCACAUCGGAAUAGAAUUGUCUUAUAUGGCGAUUGGGAGAUAAUGACAGUUUGUAAUUCUAAUUAAAAUGAAGUACGGAGGAAUUAGCUGUUGUGUGUGGUUUUCGUUUUUGUUAUAUGUUUUGUUUGGCAACGCUGAGUGUUUAAAAAAAACAAAUAUUUAUGAUUCAUGUAAAAAUUAUAGUUAUCAUGAAUCCAACUGUGCAGAUAGUUUUCUUAGUUGUAAUUAAGUUUUUAGAAUGUAUUGAGAAUACUUUAUAUUUAACGAAACUAAAUGAAUCUCCCACAUCUUAACGGUAGAGGUCCGUAAUGGGUAGUCCGCGAGUGGGGUUCACAUCCCUUACCGUAGAAACAAAGUUUCCCUGUCUUUUUUCUUGUUAUAAAAAGUCUUUUUGUGUUCUAACUGCAUGCCUUUUGACUCUUUCCUUUGUGUGUAAAACGCUAUUUAAUAUCAAAUGCUAUAAUAACCAAAGUCUUGUUUGCAUUACUAAAUUGUGAGAAAAAAAAUAAUUGUGAAAUCCUUAAUUGUUUCAAUUUGAAGAAAUCGUGUAUACCUAUAACUAUUAAAAUUGUUUACAUUUACUGUUGGGAAGAAAAUCUGA